AUGGAGACAUUUGGUCCAAAACCGCCCGCGAAACAAUUCGUACUCUGUUUCGACGGGACGGGCAAUAAAUUCGCUGGUGAUGGGUCUGAUACGAAUCUUGUUAAGAUCUACCGCAUGCUAGAUCGAAGCCAGAGCCACCAAUACCAUUACUACCAACCUGGAAUAGGAACAUACAUUACCUCCCACACUCUAGGAAGCAAAAGCCGACUCGCCCGUAUAAACUCCGCCUACAAGAAAGCCAAGGAUGCCGCCCUAGGCUCCUCAUUCGACGAACACGUCCUAGGCGGUUACAAGUUCCUGAUGCGUUACUACAUCCCUGGCGACGAUAUCUAUUUCUUCGGCUUUAGUCGGGGCUCAUACACCGCACGCUUUUUAGCCGAGAUGCUAGACUUUAUCGGCCUUCUCCAACCAGGUAACGAAGAGUUGAUUCGAUUCGCCUGGAAGACAUUCGCGAAAUGGCAGCAACGGAAAGAUUCCACGGACCACGAUCACGAAGAGAAGCAGCGGCUGUUUAACUUUAUGAAAGCGUUCCGGGAGACGUUUAGUAGGCCUGUUGGACGGAUACGAUUCAUGGGACUAUUCGACACGGUUAAUAGUGUGCCUAUGUUUGAAAAUGCGUGGAUGGAGAGAAAUAAGUUUCCUUAUACGGCUCACAGUACUGCACGGGUUAUUCGACAUGCUGUCUCGAUUGAUGAGCGCCGGGCGAAGUUUAGACAGGAUUUGAUUUCGGAGGCUAGGGCCAGUCCUGGAUCAGGUGGGUACGGGCAUAAAUUGAGGCAUUUGAUGGAUCAUGCCAAGGCGAGUGUUCCGGACAUUGUUUUGGAUGGUGUUCAGAACGGGAAUCAUGCGCCGGUGCAUGAUCGGAGGGGAUCCCGUCAAGAACCACGCGGGGAAGAGCGGUAUCGAGCUCCAUCGCCUUUGCGGAGUGCGAGAGCUAGUGCUGAGGGUUUGGCGAAUGAACCCGUGAAUGGGAAUUUGAUGCCUGAUAUGAUUUCUCUUAAGAGCGCUGUCUCGAGAACACACUUGCGAGUGCCGAGCUUGCAUAUACCCGGUAACGAGCAUGACGAUGAGCAGGAUAUUUCUGAGGUCUGGUUUCCGGGUCAACAUGGUGAUGUUGGGGGUGGAUGGAAGCUGAAUCCCGAAGACAAGUGGCCUCUGAGUCAUAUACCACUUGUGUGGAUGGUUAAAGAGGCACAGCUCGUAGGGUUGGAAUUCGAUGCUGAGAAACUGAAACGCUUCAAUUGUUACGAAGAGCCUGAAGAUAUGUAUCCUGGACUCAGAGACUCAACGAUCUUGAACGGCGAUGCAUUGAAAGCCCAUGGCGUGCAGCGUCGAGACGGCGACGCUUUUACCGAAACUCUCACACAAACUAUGGAUCAUGGCAUCGUUCAUGAUUGCCUCACGUAUGGUGGAGGAGUGUCGUUCCUCUCGACGCUAUCAUGGCGGUUAAUGGAGUACCUACCGUUCCGAAGAAUGGAUCUCCAGGCUGAUGGAUCGUGGAAGCCGAUUCGCUGGCCUCUUCCGUGUGGGGAGGUGCGUGAUAUUCCGGAUGAUGCACAGAUCCAUGUUUGUGCCAUUCAUCGCAUGCAAAUGGAUCCCAGGUAUCGGCCUGGCAACUUGAUUAUAGGGGGUGGUGGCCGAGGUAUGAAAAGAGCUCCUGAGAAAUAUGGGAUUGGGGAGUGGGAGGUUUGUAAACAUGAAGAUGAUCUUGUGAGACGGACUUAUGUUCGCAAGAAGCCGGACAGCGUCUGUCAGGAUGAGAAAACCGGAUCUUUUGCUUGA